AUGAAUGCAUACCUCACCAAGCAACACAGCUGCAGCCGGGGGUCCGAUGGCAUGGAUGCCAGCAGGAGCGCACCCACACAGAUCAGGGAUGCCCACUGCGCUUGUGGCUGGCAGAGGAGUCCUCAGGGGCUCGGGUACAGUUCUCAGACUAUGCCCUCCUCAGGACCUGGGGGCCCAGCUUCCAACAGGACCAAGCUGGUCACUUUGUGGGACAGUGUGCGGAAAAGCUCCCACAAGACGAGCACCAAGGGCAAAGGGACUUGUGGGGAGCAUUGUGCCUGCCCACAUGGCUGGUUCAGCCCAGCACAGGCCAGCCCUGCUCCUAUAAUUGUCAACACAGAUACUUUGGACACGAUUCCUUAUGUCAAUGGGACAGAAAUUGAAUAUGAGUUUGAAGAAAUUACACUGGAGAGGGGGAAUUCUGGCCUGGGAUUCAGUAUUGCUGGAGGGACAGAUAAUCCCCACAUUGGAGAUGACCCUGGCAUAUUUAUUACGAAGAUUAUACCUGGAGGUGCUGCAGCAGAGGAUGGCAGACUCAGGGUCAAUGAUUGUAUCUUACGGGUGAACGAGGUGGAUGUGUCAGAGGUUUCCCACAGUAAAGCAGUGGAAGCGCUCAAAGAAGCAGGGUCUAUCGUUCGGCUGUACGUACGUAGAAGACGACCCAUUUUGGAGACUGUUGUGGAAAUCAAGCUGUUCAAAGGACCUAAAGGUUUAGGCUUCAGUAUUGCAGGAGGUGUGGGGAACCAACACAUUCCUGGAGACAACAGCAUUUAUGUAACUAAAAUUAUAGAUGGAGGAGCUGCACAGAAAGAUGGAAGGUUGCAAGUAGGAGACAGACUACUAAUGGUAAACAAUUACAGUUUAGAAGAAGUAACACAUGAAGAGGCGGUAGCAAUAUUGAAGAACACGUCAGACGUAGUUUAUCUAAAAGUUGGCAAAGCCACCACCAUUUAUAUGACUGAUCCUUAUGGUCCACCUGAUAUUACUCACUCUUAUUCUCCACCAAUGGGAAACCAUCUUCUCUCUGGCAACAAUGGCACUUUAGAAUACAAAACCUCCCUGCCGCCCAUCUCUCCAGGAAGGUACUCACCAAUUCCAAAGCACAUGCUUGUUGAAGACGAUUAUACCAGGCCUCCGGAACCUGUUUACAGCACUGUGAACAAACUGUGCGAUAAGCCUGCUUCUCCCAGGCACUAUUCCCCUGUUGAGUGUGACAAAAGCUUCCUUCUCUCAGCUCCCUACCCCCACUACCACCUAGGCCUGCUCCCUGACUCUGAGAUGACCAGUCAUUCCCAGCACAGCACUACAACCCGCCAGCCUUCAGUGACUCUCCAACGGGCCAUCUCCCUGGAAGGGGAGCCCCGCAAGGUGGUCCUGCACAAAGGCUCCACUGGCCUGGGCUUCAACAUCGUGGGCGGGGAAGAUGGAGAAGGUAUUUUUGUAUCCUUCAUUCUGGCUGGUGGACCAGCAGACCUGAGUGGGGAGCUCCAGAGAGGAGACCAGAUCCUAUCUGUGAAUGGCAUUGACCUUCGUGGAGCAUCCCAUGAACAGGCUGCUGCAGCACUAAAGGGGGCUGGACAGACGGUGACGAUUAUAGCACAAUACCAACCUGAAGAUUACGCUCGAUUUGAGGCCAAAAUCCAUGACCUACGAGAGCAGAUGAUGAACCACAGCAUGAGCUCCGGGUCCGGGUCCCUGCGAACCAAUCAGAAACGCUCUCUCUAUGUCAGAGCCAUGUUUGACUACGACAAGAGCAAGGACAGUGGGCUGCCAAGUCAAGGACUUAGUUUUAAAUAUGGAGACAUUCUCCAUGUUAUCAAUGCCUCUGAUGAUGAGUGGUGGCAAGCCAGGAGAGUCACGCUGGAGGGCGACAGUGAGGAGAUGGGGGUCAUCCCCAGCAAGCGGAGGGUGGAAAGAAAGGAACGUGCCCGAUUGAAGACAGUGAAGUUUAAUGCAAAACCUGGAGUGAUUGAUUCAAAAGGGUCAUUCAAUGACAAGCGUAAAAAGAGCUUCAUCUUUUCACGAAAAUUCCCAUUCUACAAGAACAAGGAGCAGAGUGAGCAGGAAACCAGUGAUCCUGAACGAGGACAAGAAGACUUCAUUCUUUCUUAUGAGCCUGUCACAAGACAGGAAAUAAACUAUACCCGACCAGUGAUUAUUCUGGGCCCCAUGAAGGAUCGGAUCAAUGACGACUUGAUAUCUGAAUUCCCUGACAAAUUUGGCUCCUGUGUGCCUCAUACUACGAGGCCAAAGCGUGACUACGAGGUGGAUGGCAGAGACUAUCACUUUGUCAUUUCCAGAGAACAAAUGGAGAAAGACAUCCAAGAGCACAAGUUUAUAGAAGCCGGCCAGUACAAUGACAACUUGUAUGGAACCAGUGUGCAGUCUGUGAGAUUUGUAGCAGAAAGGGGCAAACACUGUAUACUUGACGUAUCAGGAAAUGCUAUCAAGCGGUUACAAGUUGCCCAGCUCUAUCCCAUUGCCAUCUUCAUUAAACCCAAGUCUCUGGAACCUCUGAUGGAGAUGAAUAAGCGUUUAACAGAGGAACAAGCCAAGAAAACCUAUGACCGUGCAAUUAAGCUAGAACAAGAAUUUGGAGAAUAUUUUACAGCUAUUGUCCAAGGUGACACCUUAGAAGAUAUCUAUAACCAAUGCAAGCUUGUUAUUGAAGAGCAAUCUGGGCCUUUCAUCUGGAUUCCCUCAAAGGAGAAGUUAUAA